GCCCGGAACUUUGGCUUUGAGCUGUUGCUGGCGUCGGAGUCAUUAGGAACAGGGACCGGUUUAGCGGAUGUUAAGGCCUUUAGAAGCUAAUGUCAUGCACCGAUAAAAACAACCACACUUUAAGCUCGUUAGCCUCUCAACCUGGACUGUUUUUUAGUUCGCAUGGUGUCCCACAAACAGAAGCGGGUGUGGAGGUACGUGGAGGAGGGCAGUUUGCUGAAGCUGAAGUCGUAUCUGCGGAAGCACCGGGACCUGAAUGUGAACUUCUCCCAGGGCAAGAGGGAGAGGAGUCCGCUGCACCUCGCUUGCUACCAGGGAGACGACGCUGUGCUGCGGCUGCUGCUCAAACACGGAGCCGACGUUCUCCAGAAGGACCGUAAAGGAGACACGGCGUUACACACCGCAGUCAACCGGGCUCUUAAAGGCGGUAAAACAGCCUAUGAUGACUUGGUUGUCCCUCUCAAAAAGAGCUGUCCAGAGGCUAUGAAUGUUCCCAACAGUGCUGGAGUCACACCUGAAGACCUGCUGAACUGGAUGAAACAUUCAAAGACUGCAGAAAACAUGAGCCGUCCAUCUGAAGUGGAUGCUGAGAAGGAGUGGCUGGAGAAGGUGUUUGACGAAUGCGAGGACGAAUUCUAUGAAACCUUUGGAGUGUAUGAUGAUGAUGAUUUUCUUCCUGUUGAUGACGACGAGGAGGAUUUUGGAGACUGGGCUGAUCGUAUCAGAAAAGAGUAUUUUGAUAAGAAGCAUGCUGAGGCUCAGAGACUGGCGGCGUCGUCUUCUGGAUGGAAAAGACGGAAAAGCAAACAAGAGAGAGAGCAGGACGAGCGAAGGAACAAGGAGCUGCAUGAGAGGCUGCAACGAGAACAUGAAGAGUAUCUGGCUCGAGCAGCACGUAAAGAAGAAGAGACUCGGCAGGGGAGGAAGCGCAGGUAUGAGGAGGGGUGUGCAGCUACUUUCCAUGCUAGCUCUUCAGCUGGCAGCUCAAAGCUGAGCUACAGCGACAUCCCCUGGCCAGCUCCACGAGGUACAGUGCAGGAGAUGGUGGAGGUGAUGCUGCACGGCGUGGACCGAAAGGACCUGCCGGUGUUUCGCAAAAUGCUCCGGAAGCAGCAAGCGCUGUGGCAUCCUGAUAAAUUUGCUCAGCGAUGUGAAGCUCGGUUAGAGGAGAAGGACAAGCAACGGAUCCUGGACACGGUCACAUCUCUGUCGCAGGAGCUCAACAGACUGGCCCAGAGUCUGAGGACUUAAGAAUUAUCAAAUAAUAUCAUACAAUAUGUGCUUUUCUGGAAAUAUGUGUUUGCAAAAACUGUAGACAAGACCACUUGUAGUCAUUUUAUUAACUGUUUCAGUACUCAGAUCCUCAUCAGAUGAAAUUCAUACAGACAAACAGCACCCAGGCAAACAAAAACACAAAUCCGUGGGCACCAGCAGCACCGCUCUGCAUGCAUUCAAAUGAAGGCAAAUAGACUCAUCUGCAUGUAAACAAAGCAUACUUAGCUCUGCUUUAAAACUGUAAUUCAUACUUUUACAGGUAAUUGAGUAACAUAAACAUUCAUAUUGCCUGAAAGGCAAUAUCACAGCAUCACACCGACUGAGAUGGUGUUAAUUUAAACCUUGUCUCAUUAAUAAAAGUGAUUACAAUCAAGUGAUCAACAGUGUGAGGGACACAGCUGUCCAUAAAGUGUCCAGAGUAUAAGAAGUGUGUAGAGAAUUGUACCAGGAGGGCUCCUCAGGUAUGUGCUACACCUGCAUCAUUAUCUUUUUUUUUUUUUUUCCUGAAAGAUUUUUUAAGAUUGUGGAGUGUUUGUAGGGUUAGUUAUUUGUGAGGGUCUGUCCUCAGUGUAAAUUUUUUAACCUUUAUUCAUGCAGGGAAACAGUUUUGGGAACGCCCUGUUCUCAUUCACACAUCUGGAGUUCAAUCCCAGUCUGAUCAGUGCAGGGUUGCUUGCUCAAAGGCACACCAAUGACAGCAGUGCACAGAUCUGGCCUGCCAGUCAGGGGAUCGAACCAACAACCCCUUUUGGUUUGUGUGUGUGUGUUGGGGGGGCGCAUCUCCCAAAACAAAGUAUUGUAUUAUGAAUAUGUGCCGCUGAGCUCUGUUUCAUCUGACUGACACUUUCUUGAAAUGUGUGUUUGCAUUUGCAGGAUUAAAACCUCAUUGCUGCUCCCCA